AUGGUAGAUCCACUGACAGCUUGCACUGUGUGCCUGGAAAAGCUGCAGACACUCAAUGCAGCCAGAAGGGGGGCUGUACCCUGCAAAGCCACAGGGGCGGGGCUGCCCAAGACCCUGGGAACCCACUUCUUGCAUCACCUAGAUGUGACACAUGGAGUCAAAGGAGGCCAUCCUACAAACACCCGGACACUCAACAUCAGUGCUGUCAAGACAACUCUAAGAAGGUUUUCCGUGAUCCUGCAAGACCUGUGUUCCAUCCUGGUGAUUCUGUCUUCAAUUUCACUGCACAGGUACCACAGUAAGCCAGUGCUGUGUGCUCCGAGUUCCAGGGCAUCCCCCAGCUCAGCCACUACACUGAGCACAAGGACUCUGUGGGGCCCAGGAGCAGGUAGUCACCCCUUUGGGGUCCACAACACCCGGCUGUCCCCAGACUUGUGUUCAGGGAAGAUAGUGUUGAGGGCCCUCAAGGAGAGCAGGGCAGGGAUGCCUGAGCAGGACAAGGACCCCAGAGUCCAAGAAAAUCCUGAUGAUCAGAGAACGGUCCCCGAGGUCACCAGGGAUGCACAGUCUGCAUUUUGGCCCCUGCGGGACAAUGGAGGCCUCUCUCCCUUUGUGCCCAGGCCAGGGCCUCUGCAGACAGACCUCCAUGCCCAGAGCUCAGAAAUCAGAUAUAACCAGACAUCUCAGACAUCCUGGACGAGCUCGAGCACCAAACGAAAUGCCAUCUCCAGCUCCUACAGCUCCACGGGAGGCUUGCCGGGGCUAAAGCAGAGGAGGGGGCCCGCCUCAUCCCGCUGCCAGCUGACCCUCAGUUACUCAAAGACAGUGAGUGAGGACAGGCCUCAGGCUGUCUCUUCGGGUCACACACGGUGUGAAAAGGCAGCAGAUACAGCACCAGGGCAGACACUCGCCCCAAGGGGUGGCUCCCCCAGAUCCCAGGCCUCCAGGCCCCACAGACGCAAGAUUCCCCUGCUGCCACGGAGGCGAGGGGAGCCUUUGAUGCUGACACCUCCCUUAGAGCUGGGGUACCGGGCCACGGCUGAAGACCUGCACCUGGAAAAAGAGGAGGCAUUCCAGCGCAUCAACCGUGCACUGCACGUUGAGGACAAGGCCAUCUCGGACUGCAGACCCUCACGGCCUUCCCACACUUUGUCCUCACUUGCAACAGGGGCUUCGGGUGGGCCUCCCCUUUCUAAAGCACCCACUAUGGAUGCACAGCAGGACAGACCCAAGUCCCAAGACUGCCUGGGCCUAGUGGCCCCCCUAGCAUCUGCUGCAGAGGUCUCCUCUACAGCUCCCGUGUCUGGGAAGAAGCACAGACCACCAGGACCCCUGUUCUCCUCCUCAGAUCCCCUUCCUGCCACCUCUUCCCACUCCCGGGACUCAUCCCAGGACACCUCGCUGAUUCCUGCCCCCUUCACACCUGCAAGCAGGGAUGCCGGCAUGAGAAGAAUGUUUUGUGUUCGAAAUUGUUUGAGGGGUUUGGGUUUAUUUUUGUUGGUUUUUUCUUUAUUUUUGUUGCUUACAUGGGCAUCCUUCAGCUUUUAAUAAUCUGAAAAAUUCUAUUUACUCAUUGUCAAUGUGUAUAAAUUAAUCUGAAUCAAUUUUAUACAAUGAAAGGUCAACUUUUAUGCAUGAAACAAUAAUUUAACAAAAAAUGUAACGGAAGAAGAAUGUUCAUUACAAAUAUAGGAAACGUAAAUAUUACCAAAUAUUGGCAAGCACUAAAAUGUUCAGAAAUAUAAGUCUAUUACAGUUAUAGUUCUCUCAAGCAAAAAAAUAGCAGAGAAAAACUUAGUUUACCUUAGGGGCUAUUUGUUUACUUAGGGAUUUGUUAAAAGGUCAAAUGGGGUCACACAGAAUACUAAGAAGAGCUGUUCACCCAGGCCUCACUAAGAACUCUUCUUCAUUCAGUAGCUAUAUAGUAAUAUGACAACUGCUCCUACGACCCAAAGAGGAACUACAGCAACUACUCUUUAGCAUCUGUUGCUCCCAACUCUGCUUUGCAAUUAUAUGACUCAAGCAUUCUGGCUCUGUUAACUAUUACUGCUGUUACUCCCAAUUAAAUUCCCUCUAAAAAAUAAAAAAUUUUUAAAGCUGUAA